ACCAGUAGAGAGAGAGAGAGAGAGAGAGAGAGAGAGAGAGAUGGGCCAUGGAAGUUCGAAAUCGAACGGUGCAGAACCUUCUGAUGCCGGUAACGGAUCUGAAACCUCGCGUAUCUCUCGAAUCCGGAGGCGACUGCACCUACAUCGCCGUGGCAGUGCCUCCGAUUCCAGUAACCAGCUCAAGAACAUCGCCCCUGAGGAAUUCACAGGAAUCGCUCAUAUCCAACUCAUCGAAGCGGAGAUGAAAUUCAAGGACCGAUGGUUUGCUUGCGUCUCGUUGGGAGAACGGACGUUUCGUACGCCCAAGUCCGAUCAAACAGACAAGCCCGUUUGGAAGUCUGAAAAGAAACUUGUACUGGAAAGAAAUGGUCCUCACAUUGCACGGAUAUCAGUGUUUGAGACGAAUAGAUUAUCCAGGAACAAUUUGAUUGGAUAUUGUGAGAUCGAUCUCUUGGAAGUUCUUAGUCGGGAAUCAGAUUACCAGUUUGAGGUGCUCGACUUGGUGGAUCCAUCGUCAUCCGACAAAGUCGUGGGUACCAUUUCUCUCUCAUGUUCUGUUGAGGAUCCAAUUGAGACAGAAAAAAGUUUUGCACGACGUAUCUUGGCUAUAGUGGACUAUAAUGAAGAUGGCAUGCUUUCGCUCUCAGAGUUUACUGACUUGAUCAAUGCAUUUGGUAAUCAAGCGGCAGCUAACAAGAAAGAAGAGCUUUUCAAAGAAGCAGACAAGAAUGGGGAUGGCGUUGUUAGCAUGGAUGAGUUAGCAAGCCUUCUAGCUGCUCAACAAGAAGAGGAAUCACUUAUAAGUAGCUGCCCUGUUUGUGGUGAGAGUCUAGGCAGUUAUGACAGGCUAAAUGAUAUUAUUCAUUUGACUUUAUGCUUCGACGAGGGAACUGGAAAUCAGGUUAUGACUGGAGGAUUCAUAACUGAUAAGCAAGCUUCAUAUGGGUGGAUUUUUAAGCUGAGUGAAUGGGCUCAUGUUUCUUCAUAUGACAUUGGCCUGAAGUCUGGAUCAAGCGCUUCACAUAUAGUGGUUUUUGAUCGUAAGACAAAGAGGCUAGUGGAAGAACUUAUAGAUGGAAAGAUUAUUUUAUCAAUGAGAGCUAUUUAUCAAUCAAAAGUAGGGCUCACACUUAUUAAUGCAGGGGCAAAAGAACUCCUGCAGAGCAUCUCUGAGAAGCAAGGGAGGCGAAUGAAUUCACCUGAAUCUGCUAAAGACAUACCCAAGUUUAUUGAAUUUUUUAAGGAUCAAAUCAAUGUGGCUGAUGCUAAGUACCCUAUUGAACAUUUUGAGACAUUUAAUGAGUUUUUCAUAAGAGAGUUGAAGCCUGAUGCAAGACCAAUUGCCCACAAAGAACAUGACGAUAUUGCUAUUUGUGCUUCCGAUUGCCGUCUAAUGGCAUUUCAAUCAAUUGAUGACAGUUUAAGAUUUUGGAUUAAGGGUCGGAAAUUUUCAGUUGAAGGUCUAUUGGGAAAAGAUAUAUGCUCCAGUGCUUUUAGCCAUGGAUCCUUGGUGAUAUUUCGGUUGGCACCCCAGGAUUACCAUCGUUUCCAUGUUCCAGUCUCUGGAACCAUUGAGCAGUUUGUUGAUAUUCCCGGAUCCUUGUACACGGUGAAUCCUAUAGCUGUAAAUAGCAAGUAUUGUAACGUCUUCACCGAGAAUAAGAGAGUUGUUUCUCUUCUUUCAACUGAAGAUUUUGGAAAGGUUGCGUUUAUUGCAAUUGGAGCAACGAUGGUGGGGAGCAUCACCUUUACUAGAAAGCAAGGGGAACGUGUCCAGAAAGGAGAUGAGUUUGGAUAUUUCUCGUUUGGAGGCAGUACUGUAAUUUGCGUCUUUGAAAAGGACACGAUAGAGAUUGACGAGGAUCUCCUUGCAAACAGCAAAAGAUCACUGGAGACUUUAGUUACUGUAGGUAUGUCAUUGGGUGUCUCAAAACAGAAACGAGCUGAAACAGGAUCUCUAAAUUUGGAAGGGUUUACCAUUUCUUGAGUGCCUCAAGCAUGUCCAGAAGUGAUCUCCUCAACAUAGUACAAGGCAAUGAAGGAUUGAAGCUCUCUAAGUUAUGUAAUUUAAGACUAUUUCCACCCACAUAUCUUUUGUAUAUUCAAUGGAAAAGAAGAUUAGUACUAUACAAUUUUAUUUGGAGCA